GGUUGGAUGUCAGAAAACCGCGGCGGUUUGUAGUCACGGAAAUUGGGUGGUCGAAGAUGGCGGCCGUACAGGUCUUUCCUGAGGAGAAUGUGGACAAGGUAGAGGAGUCUACACGCGUCCGUGUGAACGGCAAAGACUUGAAUUUGACCUUAUUAAUGCAAGCCGAUGAGCUCGCCCCAUUAUUUUCCGGCGCUGCUUGGGCUGGCACGUUGCUGUGGGAUGCUGCCGUGCACUUGGCUCGUCGUUUCUUGACGGAUUAUCGCCAGCAACUCGAAGAUCCGAAUAAUUCACUGCGUGUCAUCGAACUGGGCGCCGGAAUCGGCGUGCCGGGCAUGGCGGCGCGAGUCGCGGGUGCUAAGCACGUGGUGCUGACAGAGCAGGACGAGCUGCUUCGACUCAUGCACGUAAAUCUGGCUGCCAAUGCGGAGGUUUUGAACCUUCCCAAUGGCGAACAAGACGUCGAGGAUAAAGGGGGAAUUGUAGCGAGACCGCUGAGCUGGGGCGUGCAGCAGACGAAGGAAUAUUUGGCUCAAUAUUCCAACGAACAGGUGGACGUGGUGCUGUCGUGCGACUGCAUCUACGAGCUGCUGUACGGCACCUCGUGGCGUGCACUAGCGCAGACAAUGGAGCUCUUGUGCUUAGCCAACCCCAAGUGCAUCGUCCUCAUGGGCGUCGAGCGACGCAACCAGGACGGUAUCGACAAAUUUCUGGAUUUCGUGGCUAAAGAGACCAAACUGGAGUGCAGACUGGACGAACAAACCUUGGGCACCAACAACAACCGCUUAGAGGUGUAUUAUCUAGGUCUGGAGACAGAAUGAAGAGGCUAGAUCAACGAGAUCUGGUCAGGUUUCAGUUUUUUGUCUACAUGGGGCGAUGCCACACUUCCUCGCACUUGUAA